AUGACUGUAUCAGCUACAAGAAAAGACCUCAUGAUAGUCAAUAUGGGUCCUCACCACCCAUCGAUGCAUGGCGUUCUUCGACUCAUCAUUACUCUAGAUGGUGAAGACGUUAUUGACUGUGAACCUAUAUUGGGUUAUUUACACAGAGGGAUGGAAAAAAUAGCGGAAAACCGAACAAUUAUACAAUAUCUGCCUUAUGUAACGCGUUGGGAUUAUUUAGCUACUAUGUUUACCGAGGCAAUAACGGUAAAUGGACCAGAACAGUUAGGAAAUAUUCAAGUUCCUAAAAGAGCCCGUUAUAUCAGAGUAAUUAUGUUGGAACUGAGUCGUAUAGCCUCUCAUUUAUUAUGGCUUGGCCCUUUUAUGGCGGAUAUAGGUGCGCAGACUCCUUUCUUCUAUAUUUUCAGAGAGAGAGAAUUGAUAUAUGAUCUAUUUGAAGCUGCCACAGGUAUGCGAAUGAUGCAUAAUUAUUUUCGUAUCGGAGGAGUAGCUGCUGAUCUACCUCAUGGCUGGAUAGAUAAAUGUUUAGAUUUCUGCGAUUAUUUUUUAACCGGGGUUGCUGAAUAUCAAAAGCUUAUUACGCGAAAUCCUAUUUUUUUAGAACGCGUUGAGGGGGUAGGCGUUGUUGGUGGAGAGGAGGCAAUAAAUUGGGGUUUAUCAGGGCCAAUGCUACGAGCUUCCGGAAUACAAUGGGAUCUUCGGAAAGUCGAUCAUUAUGAGUGUUACGACGAGUUUGACUGGGAAGUACAAUGGCAAAAAGAAGGGGAUUCAUUAGCCCGUUACUUAGUCCGAAUCGGUGAAAUGACAGAAUCCAUAAAAAUAAUUCAACAAGCUUUGGAAGGAAUUCCGGGAGGGCCCUAUGAAAAUUUAGAAGCCCGACGCUUUGAUAAAGCAGGGGAUUCUGACUGGAAUGAUUUUGACUAUAGAUUUAUUAGUAAAAAAACAUCUCCCACUUUUGAAUUGUCAAAACAAGAACUUUAUGUGAGAGUAGAAGCCCCAAAGGGGGAAUUGGGAAUUUUUCUGAUAGGGGAUCAUAGUGCUUUUCCUUGGAGAUGGAAAAUUCGUCCUCCGGGUUUUAUCAAUUUGCAAAUUCUUCCUCAGUUAGUUAAAAGAAUGAAAUUGGCGGAUAUUAUGACGAUACUAGGUAGUAUAGAUAUCAUUAUGGGAGAAGUUGAUCGUUAA